CUGGGCAAUGUCAUCCACCCUUCGGAUGAUGCAGAUGAUGAGGGGCAUGCCUUGCUCUCGCCCAUUCAGCUUUUGCGUGGCAGGGUCAGAGAGCGCUCUGGAGGCUCUCUGGGUUCUCCUGCCCCCCCUGCGCCUAAGAAAUCCAAGGGGAAACAGCGGGCUAUCCAUCCCGAAUUCCAUGGCUUCCCCCCGCUUCCCCUUCACCAUCUGCCUCUGCCCUUCCCUCUCCAGCCCCUUCAGGUUUCACCCUGCGCAUUCCAGGGGGUCGCUCACCUGGCCGCAUGUCCUCCCUUCCCCCGCCUGUCUCUUAUGCAGAUGAGGUUCAGGCCUCCUUCUCUCGGCUUACCGCUGGCCUUGAUCUGUUGGACCCUUCUGUCCGUGCCCGGGUGCAUCUAGCAUUCCGUGACCAUGCGGCUGUAAUCGAUGUCGAGGCCUUGCUGCCUGAGCUACCUCCAACCAUUACUCCUUCGGCUGCCCGAGGCUUCCCUCCCCUGCCAACUGUUUUGCCAGCGCUUCCCGCUGGAAACUUGCCUUUGCCACCCUCUCGUUCACUGCUCCCUGGCAUCAAUUUGGGGGGCUUGUCCUCCCUUCUCGGAGGGCACUCUUCUGCAGCCCAUAGGUCCUUGCCCUCUGCUCCCAUGCAGCUCCGUGGUAACACCUUACCCGAAUCCAAAGUUGUUGCGACUGCUCUGCGCAACAACUGGGCUGUUCACAUACCCCUUUCUGCCUUUUCCACAAAGUCCUUGCUGCAGCUUGGCUCCUCCUCCCGUUCGCAAUCUGACUCAGACCAGUCGCUUUCGGUUAAGGAAGGUAUUCUCACCGUUUCUGCCCCCUACUUUGAUGGGAAAUCUGAACGGACCCUCACUGUUGAGGAGUGGAGCCACGCAUGGCCCCGCCUCGUCAGUAUGAUUCGUCGUUACCUUCCUGGUGAUCAUGCAGCUGCUAUCGCUGACUCCUGGGAGUCUCACUUUUCAUCCCUCUUUGCCCGUUACGACUUCUUCGUCAACUUCCCUCUGUAUCUGAAGUAUGACAUUCACGUGCGGCAAUCCUUCAUGCACAACCACACCUUCACUCCUUCAGAGUGGCAGGAGGAGGUCUGGCGGGCAAUUGUCCAGGAGCACAACACCCCAGCCCUCCAACCCAGCUUCUCAUCCUUCCCUGCUAUGGCACGCAACAGUGCCACCUCUUCUUCCUUUCAGAACACCUCCCUUCUUGCCUCAACCCCCAAAGUCUCUGCCCCCACUCCUUUUCGUGCCUCGCAGGCCCAACCUUCCUCGCACAAAUGCAUCUUCUGUGGUAAAACCGAGUGCCGCUCUUGUGCUUGUGGCACCACCUGCACCUCCUUCGUCUCUCUUGACUCCUCAAAUGUCUGGACGACAUCUGCGGGUGAGCAGGUUUGCUUCCGGUUCAAUGGCCGAGGAUGUUCCCGUGCAGAAUCUGACUGCGGACGGCGCCACUUGUGCAUUCGCUGCGGAGGAUCUCACUCUUCUCAAACUUGCUCACAGUAAUCACUUCCUGCCAGUUGUCACCCCCUUCAUCUGGCAGAAGUGGCAUGAGCACCUCGAGCGUGCUGGUGCACUCGAGGAGUUUGCAGAU